AUGGACAGCAGCCUUAUGUCUUCACAACUCUCAGGCGAGUUAAAAGUUGAAAGCACCUAUACAGACAAGUCCAAGUUGAAUGGAAAAGCAAAAAGCAGCUUUGAUAGUGAAGAUGAGAGUUUGGAAUGCAGUCUAGAUGAUGAUGACAAUGAUGAAGAAGAAGUAUUCAUGCCACUGCAAGAAAUUCUAUCUUCAAGUCCUAAGCCACAGGCAGGAACCCUGGAAGACAGUUUUUCUCAGGACACCGUGACUCCAUUACUGAAGCUUCAUCUUUCUAAGCCUCCUGUUGUUAGCCAGGUGUCAUAUGUGAACAGCUUAGAACAUCUCUUGAAGGAGAAAGAAGAAUCUAAAAGGGUAGAUGAACUAGAAAAGCGCUUACAGGAAGACUUACAAGGAAGGGAAACUGGUUCUUCAGAUGGAGAAGAUGAGGAGAAUGCCAGUGGAGAUGAAGAUCUCUCAGAAGAGCACAGGGCAUUUAUAAAGAGAUUUUCAGUAAUAGCUCAUGCCAUACCUGACUACCAUCCUGGAGAAGAUAUAUUUGAUUUAUCAACCUCUGGGAAAAUCUUCAGUCAACAUAACCUUGACUUGAGGAAUUUUCAUUUCAUCCCUCAAAAUCCGAUAGAAAAGCUCCUUCUUACUUCUGAUGUAACACAGCAGCUUUCUUUAGCUAUUAAUGGUUUUCUAAGUUCUGCUUACAGUUGCAUCUUGUGUCCCAUACCAAUUCUAAAGUGGCUUUUCCAGAUGAUGUCUGUUCAUCCUGACUAUUGUGUUUCCACCCAGAUUUUAGACAGAUUGAUGGAGAUAACACUAAAAAAUGCUUCCAUCAGUGAUGAACAGUCUAAACCAUGGAUUCCUUCACUAGCUGAUGUGUCAGCUGUUUUUGUCAAUAUGGGUGUUGCGUUUAGAUCUCUCUUUCCAUUGCAGCAUCUUCAGCCCAACUUUAACGAGUGUGAUAUUUUAAGUCAGAUGCAAGAAACAGUGAGUAAGCAACAGCCAAGAGGAGACCUAACCUCUGCCAGUCCAGCCUUCUCCAGUCUACCUGAAAACAAUUUAAUUAAUGUGAUUAAGUUUCUAGGUUUCUGUACAACAGUAAUUCAAGGUGGAUAUACAGAUGAAGAAAUAUUGUUGCUGCUUCUAUUGCUAUUUAAAAUAAGCUUGGAGAAACAGUUAAAGCAAAUUCCUUUGAUAGAUUUUCAGUGCCUUUUCAUAAAGCUUCUGAUAGGUAUAAAAGACUGGGAUACAAAGAUGCCUGAGCUCUGCUUGGCAGUGAGUGAACUCUCCAGUCAUCACCAUAAUCUCCUGUGGCUAGUUCAGCUGGUGCCUAGCUGGAUAAUACGUGGACGGGAAGUAAGAAGACGUCUUAGCCUAGUGAUAAUUUCAAAGCUUCUUAAUAAAAAGCAUAUAGAAAUACCUGAUGGCAGUGACAAGCAGAUGUGUCUUCUGCAUCAGUUUCUGGUGUACAUGAAACCUUCUAAUCUACUAAAGAAGAUGCGAGAAGGACUAGAGCAGCAGAAUGCCGAUGGAGACCACCUUCAUACAGAACUAGAACAGGAGGCAUACUACCUAAUCUACAUCCUCCUCCAUCUUGUCAGUGAAGCUAGUUUCUUUGAUGUUGUAAAUUCUAAUCAAAGGCAACACUUACUGAAGCUUUGUGGUGCCUUAGAUAAGCACAUAAAAUGUGAUAUUAGGGAAGAUGCAAGGCUGUUUUAUCGAACAAAGGUGAAAGACCUAGUUGCUAGGAUAUAUGGCAAAUGGCAAGAUAUGAUACAAACCACGCGGCCUACUCAGGGAAAGCUGCAUGACUUCUGGGAGCCAGAUUCAUGA